AUGGCUGAAUAUACUUUGACAUAUAGAGUUCCUCAGUUCCAAGAAUACACGAUCAGUCUGCAAAAGUAUGCCAAUGUGUCCAAUGCUGAUGUCCUACGAUCAAAAUUAAUGGAGCUUCCAUUUGCAUUCAUCGACGCAAGAACUGUAAUUUCAGUGGAACAAAUAAGUAGUGCCAUUUAUAAAGCACUUGUGGAAAGUACCUAUAAUAGGAUGAGGACUAAGACUUUGCAUUCGGAAUGUAUUUUGUCUCUUUCACCUAGCUCCAAUAUUGGUGAUGCCUUGAAAAGAUUUGGUAUAAAAGAGGACUCUACCAACCUUAUCGUCAUUAAAAUAGUGAAAAAUGGAGAUGACGAGCCUUUUGAUGGCAAAACCUCGAUAGUGGGGGAUCUAGUACCAGUGUCUGAUGAACAAUUUGUAACCACUGCAGAUAUUGAAACUAUUAAAAAUGUAUGUAUACAAACCAAAAGAUAA